GGGAGCUGGGGAAGGAGUACCAAGUGGCGCUCAUGCUGCAGGGCAACAAGGGCUCCGUGUACGUGGACGGCACGCUUCUGGGGAGCUCCGACGCGCUGCCAACACCCGAGGCACGGAUUUUUGAAAUCUCGUACUUCUACUUUGGAGACGAAGAAGUCGGCAACGACAGAGGCGGCAGUGUGACGGUGACGAACGUCUUUUUGUACAACCGCCCGCUGAGUGCCACGGAACUCAACAAGGUUGACGGCAAUGGCGGUAACCCGAAUAAAGGCGACAGCUCCAUGCGUGCGGAUGGGGCUUGGGUGCUGCUACUCCUGCUGCUGCUGGGGCUAUGGGGCAUUGCGGCCCUCUCCUGA